CAAAAAGACACGAUUCACUCAACGUCUGUCUUUGCCUUCCAGGCAGCGUUACAUCCCACCGCUGCCUGUGGCUUCUUCCCCUUUCCACAUUUUUUCCUACAGAGGGAUGCCGACUUGAGCUUCUUUUGAGAAAUCGAAGACUAAGAAUCAGCAUCUUGCUUCCAGUCCCCUUCACAACACCACACCACACCACACCACAUCACAUCACAUCACACCGCACGCACAGAUCUCGACAAGAUGUCGUCUGAAAUCAUGGCGGCCUACUGGCAGGCGCCACCAAUGGCUAGGACAUUGGCGACGGCCAUUCUCGUUACUUCCAUCAUGGCCUAUUUCGGGCCGUUGCCGAUCAGCUGGAUCUACUUCGAUGAGAGCAGACUCUUCAAACUGCCGCCUGAGCUAUGGCGUCUUGUUACAUCUUUCCUGCUCAGCUCUCCGCAGCUGGGCAUCGUGUUGGAUCCGUACUUUGCCUAUCUGUACUUGAGCCAACUUGAAACCUCAAACCCCAAGUUCCAAAGGAAGGAAGACGUCCUAUGGUAUUUGAUUACUGUUGGUGGUUUCAUCAUUAUCGUAAACCGAAUCUUCCUGGGUGGGUAUUUUUUCCUCCAAGGAUUGAUUAUCGCGCUGUGCUACACUGCCGUUCAAGAUGCCCGCGGCGCGAAGUCGAACUUUUUCUUCUUCACGGUGCCUGCGCAGCUGAUUCCGUAUUGCAUGCUCCUCUCGUCGUUGCUCAUGAACCCCGCGGUGAUCCCUCUUCAGAUCACCGGUAUUCUUGCUGCUCACUGGCAUGACUUUAUGACCCGUCUGUGGCCCGAAUUCGGCGGCGGUUCGAGCCUGCUGCCGACACCCGCUUUUCUGUCUCGUUUUGUCGAGACGCCGCGAGUGUUCCGCCGCGAGUACGGCACUGCGAUACGUCCCGGUUCUGGCGCUCCGUCUACAGGUCGCACUACAGGUGCCUCCACCGGCUCGGUGCUCCCGGAUUCGUGGAGGACUCGGGGUUCAGGUCAUCGUCUGGGCGGUGAUUGAAAGUGGUUUCGCAUGAGAAAGAGUUUGAAACCAUGCGGAUAUAUGGUAGAGGGCACAGACAGCAUGGUAGAUCGAUUGAGAUAGCAAUGAUAAUCUGAUUUAUCGUUCAAUGUUCUGUGUAUUUAGACCUGCUGUCGGUAGCAUUGCUUUAGCUGGUCAUGAAUUCAAGUACAGCAAACCCCAUAAAAUCCACACGCAGUAAACUCCAGGUCCCAGGAGGAAACCCGCCUACUCGGGAGCCAGAAGGUAAUCGUCGUAUCUUUCCACAACGAAAGUCCCUCCUCAAAGCGACACCGUUUCCUAUACACCAAACCAACAGUAUGAUCCAAAUGAAUAUACAACGAAUGGAAAAUGGCCUUCCCGGUCGACAAUCUUGAGCACCAACCCUUACUAAUCAUCAGAUCACCAAAUAUCACUCUCCCUCCCAAUCUCCACCUCCUCAUAAUGCCUCCCAUUAUUCCCACUGUGUCUCUUCUCCCGUCUUCCACUUUCUCCUCCGUGUCCCGGUCCUUGGUGAUCAACACCAAAACUCCUCGAUCGAUCUCUACCCCCCUUACUCCUCCCUCCUCCACUUCCCGGUGCCAGAACUGGAUUUCCAUACUCAUCCACAUAGUACCCCCCAUGCUGCUGCUGCUGCUGUUGCUGUAGCUGAUGAUACUGCUGAUGAGAAUAUUGAGGAAACGCCAGCGGUCCACUAAUAGACAUAUCCUCCAUCCCGCUCAGCGGGCGGUGGUUGCUGGUGGACAUUACCAUGUCUACCAUGAGACCACCACUGUUCUUUCCACCGCUCAGGUUGCUGCCGCUCCCGGUGGUUUGGUUGGGGUUGUUGGGAGAGUUGUGGCUGCUGCUGUUGUGCUGCUGUUGGUGGAGAUUGAGUUGGGGAGGAGGGAAUUUCUUCUUUUUGUUGUUUUUGAUGGGGAUGGAAAUGGUGGGCACGAGACCGCUUCGGGUGGCGCGGGAGGAGGAGGAGGCGACGGAGGCGGGGGUGGGGAGGGCCACGGGAGAUUGCUGUGGUUGAUGCGGUUGCUGUGGUUGUCGUUGUUGAUGAUAUCCUUGGGAUUGUUGCUGUUGCUGUUCAUGGUAAUGGCUGUCUUCAUCGUCCUCUUGGUCUGCUGAGGCGAGACAAAGUGCGGCGGAGAUAUUACGCUGGCCUUUGGCGUCCUUCUCUGGAUCCGCUGCGUAGUAGUUCUCGUCGUCGGAGAAGGUGGUCGCGCCUGUUCCCCCGGAUCCCGGUGGAGAGGGGAAGGUCUGCUUUUCUUUGCUUCCCGUCACCCUCGCAUCGUUCUCCCUACUUCCUCCUGUUACGGUGGCGGUGGCAGUGGAUGAAGAGCCGCGAUAGGCUUGCAGUGGCAUGCUGUUGCUGUCUGUGGUUGAAGGACAGUACACCGGGUUGCUGUUGUCUUCGGAGGGUCGACGAGUGAUGGGUUUGAGUAUUGUCCCACGAACCACUGCCUUGGGAAGAUAUGCUGGAUGGGUUGGCAUUGCGCUUGCCAUGUCGUCUAGUGGAGGUGACUCUGGGUUUUGGGUCCGGGGGUCUGCUGAGAACUGGGCGGGAGUUGAGUGCCCGGUACCUCCCUGUUUGUCCAUCUUGUAAUCCAAAGUGUAGGUAGGAGCUCGGCGAGGAACUGGCCCGAAUGUCCUCCCCAUGUGGUGCUGGCCCCGUUGAACAGAGUUGGCAUACUGAUAAUACUCGCUGUCUUCGGCAUCAUAGCGUCGUUGUCGUCGAUAGUAAAGGACAAAUAGAGCAGCACUGGCCAAGAACAGCGCCGCCGCCCCGACAGCUAUGCCGACGAUAGCCCCGGUGCUCAAAGGCUCUUUGGUGUCUCUCCGGACAAGGGAUGUCCAUGUCUGUGUUGUCAUGGUCAGACACACAGAGGAUCACCUCUAUGUUCGACAAGAAAGAAGGGUGCUGGCGUUAAAAAACGGUUACUCAAGCGUUAACCUUGUUCAGAUGUCGUCCGGUCCUUGGCCAUCUAUGCGGGCGUUUCUGUAUAGUAGAACUCCCUGCCGCUGCCUUGUAACUGGGCAACACUCGAAAGGAACCCGGGGACGCUAAGGUCGUCCUCAAGUCGAAAGAAGUCAAAAUAGACGGACAAAUCAGUCCCGAGGGGGGAGGAAAGGUGAAGGCAACCACUUGGGGCUUGGCAUAGUCAAGUACACUGAAGAUAUAAUGUAAGUAGGAGGAGCAGGCUGGCUGUUG